UAUGUGUUUGUUUUGGCUUCGGACAAAAAGCAGCAGCAAAACGUGUGUGAAUGUGAAUGCCGGUAUUUUAAAACUAUAUUCUUUAAGGAAAUUGUUUCUAGUCCGUUCAGCUUUUACUCUCUAUCAGUUUCGUGGCAUUAAAUUUGCUUUCCUGUGGCUUUGAAAGAUAUUUGUGCCCUAAUUUUCCGAAAUGGCAAGUGAAGAGAAGAAGGGUGAAGAGGAAGAAUUUACCACUGGACCGUUUUCAAUAUUGACAGAGUCUGUAAAGAACAACACUCAAAUAAUUAUCAAUUGCCGAAAUAAUAGAAAACUUCUUGGAAGAGUAAAAGCAUUUGAUAGGCAUUGUAACAUGGUAUUAGAAAACGUUAAAGAAAUGUGGACCGAAACUCCUAGAACUGGUAAAGGGAAAAAGAAGGGUAAACCUGUCAGCCAAGACAAAUUCAUUCCAAAAAUGUUCCUUCGAGGUGACUCGGUGAUUCUAGUUGUAAGGAAUCCUAACUUAACAGCAGCCUAAAAUCUCAAAAUCUCUCAGCUACCUCAUACCACUAACUAUUAAUGCAUUUGACUUCUAUGAUCCUCAAGUUAUGCCAUAAGAUUAUUGCACCUAAUCAUUCUCUUUUACACGAGUCUCAAUAUCUUUAUAUUUUCUCCAAUCUUUUUUAAUCAUCCUCUUUGUAUCAGGUUCUUUCUCUUUCUUCGUGAUUCAGGAGUAAUCAGUUCUUCUUUUAUGAGAAUUCAAGGCACAAAUUUCUGUAAACUGUAUAAUUAAUUUUUUAAAAAUGAAUAAAGCUGAAAAGGAUAACAGUA